AUGCCCGCGCCGAACGCGUCGGCCGCCGACGCGCUGACCGAGCUCGAACUGCGCGUGUACGACCGGCAGAUUCGCGUGUGGGGCGUGGAGACGCAGCGCCGACUCGGUCGCGCGUCCGUGCUCGCGUGCGCGGGGGCGACGACGACGCGCGCGACGACGACGACGCGCGUCGGCGCGCUCGCGGAGACGCUCAAGAACGUCGCGCUCGCGGGCGUCGGACGCGCGGUGAUCAGGGACGACGCGGGCGAGCGCGCGGAGGCGUCGCGCGGCGAGGAUGGGAAUUUUUUAAACGCGGCGUCGACGCGCGACGACGACGCGGACGACGUCUCGGUCUCGCGCGCCGAGGCGAUGGCGACGACGCUGCGAGAGAUGAACGCGUUCGGUGAAUUCGAGGCGUCGACGCCGAACGGGCGCGCGCUCGCGGACGACGCGGAAGCCUUGGACGGGAUCGAGGGGUUCGACGCCGUCGUCGUCGCGGAGAUGGGAUUGGAGCGCGCGAUGCGCGUGAACGAGGCGUGCAGGCGACACGGGAAGCCGUUUUUCGCCGCGUUUAGCGGGGCGUCAGCGGCGUGGUUCUUCGCCGAUCUCGGCGACGCGUUCGAGUACGCGGAGGGAGACGAAGUAAAAAUCGCGCCUCGAGGCGCGACGCUGCGACGAGCGCUCGACGCCGCCGAGGCGGAUUUCGGGCGCGUUAAGCGGCGGUCGCCGCGCAUGCCGCUCGCCGUGCGCGUCGUCGCCGAGUUCGAGCGCGCGCACGGGCGCGCGCCGACGAUGGAGGAUUGGGACGCCCUGGACGCGCUGCGCGUCGAGUUGCCGACGCGAUUCGGCGCGAGCGCCGACUGCGUCGACGCCGAGCACGUGCGCGCUUUGGUGUCGGGAGAGCGCGAAUUUCCCGCGAUAAACGCCAUCGUCGGCGGGGUGCUGGCGCAAGAGAUUUUGAAAUCCAUCAGCCGCAAGGGCGCGCCGUGCGUCAAUCUGUUCACGUUCGACGUCGCGAGCGGGCAAGGCGCGACGUACGACUUGGGCGGCGGCGAAACGGCGCGCUAG